AUGCAACAGAAUCAAAGCAAUUAUAACGGUGCGGCUGCCCGAAGCUCUUGUCCACAUGCCUUCAAUGUUCUUCUGUAUGGGACCCUUCUGUUUUCCAACAAAGGAAACAGAGUUGGAAUGUUGACUUAUGCACCAGAGACAAACAUCGCCGUGAGUUCCUCUGGAGAACUGGAACCAGAAUUCGAGCAUGUAUUCUUCAAUUUCUCAGAAGACGAAAAAUGCGCCAAGGGUAAAAAAAAUCUUAGCCGGUGUGUCAAAAUACAAUUUUUUUUCAGAGGGUACGGUAACGAAUUCUGCGAUCUGAUUGGCUCUUUAUCCGGUCAGUAUUUUCCUAUCUCUGCGCACGGGCAACGGUAACGCUUUCGCGAGUCGCUGAGUACAUGUCCACUUUCGUUGCCAUUUUUCAUAAAUAUAUCUCGUUUUUCGGCUGGGCAGUAUUUUUAAGCAAAGACGUCGGUAACUACCUCAAGCCGAUAAAUAAGUUCUUAAUCCUCUCUUUUCUGUCUCUUAAAUCACUUAGGUUGACAGAAAAAUAUUGUUUUCAGAAUGAAUUUGUAUAAGCAAGUGUUAUUACGUUGGUUGACAAGCGGCCUAAAAACCGUCUGCAAUUAAUGUUAAUCGUUCACAAAGAGUACCUAGAAAGUUAAAACGUCAGGUAUUUGGUCACUGUUGAACUUAUUGAUGGAACUUUCAUUCAUUUAAUAUCUGAAUUUUUCAAACAAUUUGUUCGUAGUGAAAGAGCGAGCGAAGUUUAAAUUUCAGUUUUACGACAAAUAUACGCUUUCGGUGAGUCUUUCUAAGUCCGUUCAAUUUGGACAUUUGUACCGUAAAUUGCACAACAGAAGCUAAAGGAAUUCAAUGAGAAAAGGCCGCAUUAAAUCUCCUUGUGUCUCGUCGGAGUGUAUCAUUCGAAUUUAGUUUUUAUGGAGGAAAGACUGGAUUAACACACGCCAUUGCAGCAAACAAACGAGCAAACUCUCACAACUUCAAAAUAAGAAAUUUUAGUUUACUUACAAUUACUUUCCUUAAAUCUUCGUACACGAAUUAAUCGUCGAUGAGAGUGAAUAAUACUUUCCGUUAGAUCACUGACUGUUUUUGAAGAAAACAUUGUCGUGACAGUCCUUGCCAAACCAGUUUCGUUGUUUUUCAAAAGAGUACAUGCAAUUUUUCUUUUCUUACGCACUCUCUAGUUGACAGGUGUCAGAUUGUGACAGAUACUUGUGAAAAUGUUUCAAAGUUUGUUUGGAAGCUUUUUAAAUCACCUUUAUCAUUACGCAAAUGAAAAUGUUUCGGUGAAGCAUCACUCUUUAAUUUGCAUCACCUUUAUUUUAACUACCAUUUACUCGCUCAAAAAUCGUUCAGUUUAUAGAGGAUCUUGUUGUAUUUUCAGCCCUGUAUCAUUCGGGUUCUUUCGGAAAGAAUUUCGUUAAGUUUUAAAAAAAUAAAUAUGUUACUUACUAGCUAAGGGUCGGUCCGUACGGUGAAAAACUGUGACCUUGGUCUUGAAAGACCUCGGUCACAGUUUUUCACCAUACGGACCUCCCAGCCAGCAAGUAACAAUUCCUAAAUUGAAACAAGCCAACGUGACAAAGGUAAAGCUUGGCAUUAUCCAAACAUUCAUGGAUGAAGAUGCAAUAGAUUUCGGUUUCAAAGUGGGAAACUUGGAUUUGUUGCACGAUCCACAUGUUGGAGGUAUUUACAAGAGAAAUUACAGCGGAGUGGAGGAACCUCGGCCAGGAUAUAUAAUCAAUGCAUGUAUGGAGCUAUUGUAUUGUUUUGAUAAUGCCGAGGUCGUAAAGGACCUGAUUUUAUCGAAAUCUGCAGAAGGUUCUCGUAAUUAA